UGCCAAUGCAGCCCCUGAACGGAGUUUGAUUACUUCUCCCUGUCUGUGUGUGUGUGUUUACCUCGGGUCUGGAGGCUCGAGCCGGAUCAUGAACGCGUCAUAAAGGAGCGCGAGGGGAGUGCGCGAGACAAGAGUCGGUCCGCAGUCAUGACCAACGCAUAUUCUUUCGAUGGGCUCCUGGUUUUUGGCUUGCUUUUUAUAUGCACCUGUGCGUACCUAAAGAAAGUUCCGCGGCUAAAUAAAUGGCUACUUUCUGAAAAGAAAGGGGUAUGGGGUGUAUUUUACAAAGCUGCAGUAAUAGGAACAAGACUUCAUGUACCAGUUGCACUGUCUUGCCUUGUCAUGGGUGUUUAUGUUCUGUUUAUUAAAUGACACCAACAUUUCAAUCUUAAUGAAGAGCCUAAGAGGAACAAUAUACUUAGUAAAACCAUUCAUCAAGGAUUAAGAUCAGAUAAUGUUUCCUUUCUGUACAAGAACUGAACACUAUACUGUUUACCCUCUCGUGCUAUCCUGGAGGUGCUUGGAAGAAACACUGACCAAUGGAAAAGUAAAUUGCUGGUGUAUACAUGGUCUGUGUUAAAUCUGUCCCUUAAUUCCAAGGUGUGUGCUUAUAGCAAACAUUCUGUUUCACUUGAAAACAACCUCAUGAAAGACUAGUCAGACAAUUAGACAAGAUCUUUGAUUAUUGCAACUUUGAAGGAAGUAUUUAUGUGGUUCAGUAAUCUUUCUGAAUUUUUUUGAAUUCUUUUGAAUUGAAUCUAUAAUCCUGAUGUAAUCAUUUAAAAUGAGUUUCUUUCUCAAUUUCUGAAUUUAAUAAAAUACUAAAGUUUCCAUUUAAAAAAAACAGGAAACUUUGUUUUGGCAUAUUUUGCCUAAGAUUAUAAGAUUGUUGUAUAUUGGUCCAGUUGACUAUGUUUGCUUCUGUCUUCCUAAAAUGAUGUGUACUAUAGGUUAAUAAUAAAUGUAAUGCUUAAUUCAUAAUUUAGGGUGUUGUGGUAAAGUUUAUAAAAUGGGAUACUUAACCAGAGCAUUAACAAUUUUUAACAGUUUUUUUGAAUAACUAACCCAUUGGAAUCUGUAAAGUGACUGAUUUUAGCAACAAUGAAGAUGCCCAACCUGCCUUAAAAUGUUUAGUUACAGCGCAAUGAAUGCAUUGGUUUUAUUGGCUCAUUGGUUACUGAAAUUAAGGUAGUCAGUUGUUGGACACUUCUUUCCUUUGACAUCGAAGCUGUAGUAUAUAUUCUUGUAAAUGUUAUCUGCACUUCAAGGAAUUGUUAUAAUUUUGGACAGAAAUACAAUAUUAAAUAAAAGCAACCAUUGCAGGGAAAA